CGGAGCUCGGCCGCCGCCCGUCGCCGCAUCGACCCAAGAUGGGAAAGAACCAACACAGUAAAGAUCGCAUGUUUAUCACUGCUUCCGAGCACAAGUACCUUUAUGGAGGGAAGAAGGAUGCAGUCAAGACUGCGUACCGACGUCUUCCAUUUGAUUGCUGCUCCAUCACAUUGACGCCAUUCAAAAACCCCGUGUGCACGAGGGAAGGGCAUUUGUUCGACAUCGAGGCCGUGAUUCCUUACGUCCAAGAGCACGGCAUCAACCCAGUUACGGGCCAAGCAUUGACCGUGAAGGACUUGAUUCGUUUGCACUUCCACAAGAACCCCGAGGGUGAAUAUGCAUGCCCUGUCACGUACCGCGUGUUCACAAACAGCACCAAGAUCGCCGCCGUCGCGACCUCGGGCAACGUGUAUGCGUACGAUGCGUUGGAGGAGCUGAACAUCAAGUCCAAGAAUUGGCAUGAUCUGGUCUCGGGUGACGAAUUCAAGCGCAAAGACAUCAUCAUCUUGCAAGAUCCGGCCAACUUGGGCGGCCGCGAAAUCGACUCGUUCGAGCAUUUUCGACGCGCCAAGGAGACUGAAAAGGCGAAACAAAACGCCGGCAAGCAGGAACACCAGACCAUCUGCGCCACGUCCGCCACCGCGCGCAUCUUCCAAGAGAUGGAGGCAGCCAAAGCCGUCAAGCGCAAGCGGGAAGAAGAGCUUAGGCUGGACAAGGCCGCCAAACGGACCGACGAGGAGCGCAUCGCGGCAUCUGUGUCGCAUGCCAGUGCCGAGGAUGUCGUGAAGGUUGGAAAGGACGGCAAACUUCAAUACUCCAAGUUUACGGAUGGGAAAAUGUCCCGAUCGUUCACGUCCACGAUGAUGGAUCCAUCCACGCGAAGUCAAGCGGCAAUUGCAUCAGAAGCUGAAGUGCUCGACACGCGCUGGGCAAAUGUCAAGAAACUCAAAAAGAAGGGCUACGUCCGCCUCGUGACCAAUUUUGGCGCGAUCAACUUGGAAUUGGACUGCGACUUUGUGCCGCGAACAUGCGACAACUUCCUCGGGCUGUGCGCCAAGGGCUAUUACACCGGCGUCAUCUUCCAUCGCAUCAUUCAAGGGUUUAUGAUGCAAGGGGGAGACCCAAGUGGCACGGGCAAAGGCGGCGAGUCCAUCUGGGGCGCGCCAUUCAAAGACGAGUUUGACAGUCGCUUGUUGCACAGCGGUCGCGGCGUGCUCAGCAUGGCGAAUUCCGGGUCGAACUCGAACAAUUCGCAGUUUUUCAUCACGUUUAAAGAGUGUCAUUACUUGGACAACAAGCACUCUGUGUUUGGCCGAGUCGUGGGGGGCAUGGAAGUGUUGGACGAGAUCGAAGCGCUGUCGACGGACAAGGAGAAUCGACCGUACGACAAAGUGCAAAUUCAGAACGUUCUGGUGUUUGAAAACCCUUUUGCCCAAUACGAAGAAGCCGAGAGCCAAGGCAUUUCGGUGGAAGAAGUCAAGCGCAAGGAAGCUGCCCCCGUGGUCAAAGGGACGGUGGUCAAAGUGGGCGAUGACUGGGUUGCGUACGAUGGAUUGGUGGACGUGCCGGUGGCGCCCGUGCUUCCGACCACUAGUGGAGGGAACGGAGUGGGCAAGUACUUGAACAUCCCCGUGCCCCCCAAGAAGGACAAGAAGGCUGCUGUCGUGUCGGACGUCCCUUCGGCCGCCAAGAAGGCCAAGGCGGUGCCCGUGAAGUCGACCUUUUCAAAUUUUGACAACUGGUAGCUAGCUACGUGAACAGAGCUGGCUUAUGGACCAUCUACUAGUAGUUACAGGACCAAGGAUCGUAUACAUAUGGCAACUUAGUACUAAGCUCACUGUGGUUCUGCCGAAUAUUGGGUAAAACUUUAGCGAGUCAUUGGGUCGUUAAUCACACUAAAUAUUGGUAAUUAAUUCGA